AUGGCACAGAUCAAUUGGCAACAAGCUCGUCAGAGGCCCGUCAAUACAUUGAGUGCAUUUGUUGCCAUCUCCUGGAAGGUCUCGGGCCAUACUUUACGGAGGCUUGCGACAUGCCUCUCACCGUUGCCCCAGCCCUCACUUCGUACCGCCAUCGGCAACAUUGUCUGCGCGACGCUGUCUGCAUGGGAUCCCGACAUCGUUCUCAAUGCUCCCAAGGCGGCGGUCGAGAAGGCCAGGAAGAUCUCAACACCUGAAUUCACAGCAUUCGAUGUCGGCGAGCCGGGACCCUUUCGAGACGCAGACGUGGUCAUCGUCUACCUCCACGGCGGUGGGUAUUGUAUAGGCCACCCUCUGCAGUACAGGACAAUGUACGAGCGCUGGCUCGGACUGGCGAGAAAGCAAGGCAUGAAACUCGCCAUAGUUGCUGUUCAGUACCCACUUGCUCCCGAACAUCCCUAUCCAUCGCAGCUGGAAACGGUGCUAGCAGUAUAUCGCCACCUGAUCCACACCGAGCAUGUCACACCGGAGAAGAUCUGUUUUGCAGGAGACUCUGCUGGAGGAAAUCUCGUGGCGACAACAGUUCUAGCGAUUCGAGACGACGAGAAACUCCCCUCCCCAGGCAAAGCUGUGCUCUUCUCCGCCUGGCUUGAUUUGACGCUGUCCACGAUCGAAAACCACGAGUGCCUCGACCGCGACGUCUUGGUGAUUCCGGCGUACAUGAAAGCCCACCUCGUGCCGGCAUUCAUUGGCAAGGACCAUUCGCCCUCCGAUCCGCGCAUUUCGCCUGUCCUGGCGACAGAUUUCAAGAAUUUACCGGCACAGCUGGUGGUGUAUGGCGACCUGGAGGUGAUGCAAGACGAGGCAAAGACUUGGAUCCAGAAGAGCACGGACGCUGGGGUGCCUACUACGGUCUACACUGGAAAGGGGGGACUGCAUGGGUUCGGUGUAGGGGGGUUGCUGUGCGAUUCUACGCUUCGGCGGGAGGUGGAUGAUACGUUUUUUCGGUUCUUAAAGGGAGAGAAGGACUGA